UUAGUUAAAAACUAACUAGGGUUGGUAACAUUCGCUAAAGAUGAAUUAAAGACAGUAAUAGAAGGUAACUUAUCAACCAAGGAGAGUAAUAUAAAAAGUAACUUAUCAAGCAACGUGGGCAAUAUUUGCCCUCUUUUUAGAUGGAUGAAUAAAAUUGGACUUCACGGCAUGUCUUAGACAGGCGUAUUUCUCUCUGACCAAAAAAGCCAACGACAAAGAUACCCACUGUUUCUGGUCGUUGAACUGUACUAUUCUCAACCCUCUACCGCUUUUUACUCAGUCGGAUAAUAAACAAACGUUGAGAACAAUACUAGGGUUUAGGACUAAUGGAGCCUCUUAUCGGCCGCAAGUUCAGUCUCGGCAGGAAAAUAGGCAGUGGAUCGUUUGGAGAGAUCUACCGUGGUACUGAUACUCAGACAAAGGAAGAGGUUGCAAUUAAGCUCGAAAAUGCGAAGACAAAACACGCACUGUUGCUUUAUGAAUCAAGGCUGUACAGAGUUCUACAGGGAGGAACUGGGAUUCCGAACAUGAGAUGGUUUGGAGUCGAGGGAGAUUAUAAUGUUCUAGUGAUGGAUUUGCUCGGACACAGUCUUGAAGAUUUGUUCAAUCUUUGCAGUAGGAAAUUUUCUUUAAAGACCGUUCUUAUGCUUGCAGAUCAAAUGAUCAACCUUGUGGAGUUUGUGCAUUCUAAAUCCUUUUUACAUCGAGAUAUAAAGCCAGACAAUUUUCUCAUGGGCUUGGGAAGGCGCGCGAAACAGGUCUACAUCAUUGACUUCGGUCUGGCCAAGAAAUACAGAGACACUAAAUCCCACCAACAUGUUCCAUACAGAGAAAACAAAAGUUUGACUGGAACUCCAAGAUACACAAGUCUGAACACUCACCGUGGCAUUGAACAAAGCCGGAGGGAUGAUCUAGAAUCGCUUGGAUAUGUCCUCAUGUACUUCCUAAGAAGAAGUCUUCCUUGGCAGGGAGUGAAAGCAGGAACUAAGGAGCAGAAGCAUGAGAAAAUUUAUGCAAGAAAGGUGGAAACCAUUGAGGUUCUGUGCCGGGGUUAUCCAACAGAGUUUGCAUCAUACUUCAACUAUUGUCGCCGUCUGCGAUUUGAUGAUACGCCAGAUUAUGCUUAUUUGAAGAGAUUAUUCCGAGACCUCCUUAAUCGCGAAGGAUUCCAGUUGGAUUAUGCUUUCGAUUGGACAAUUUUGGAGUACCAGCAGUCACAGAUUGGCGCUACUCCUUCCCGGGCUCUUGUCCCCUGUGCUGGAAGAAGCUCUAGACGGCCUCCUCUUGUUGCCAAUGCUCAACGCCAGUCAGGUGUGGAAGAAGAGAGACUACAUGGUUUGUCCCCGGUGGACCAUGAGUCUGCUCUCAAGGGUAUCGAGAGCCUUCACUUUGACGACAAGGAGAGCGAUACUUUCAUAAAUUUGAUUCACGUUCUGGGCAAUCAGAUGAUCAAAUUAUUUGAUUCAUGAAGUUCAGCUUUCGGGAAAAUUGUGAGGUGGAAUCAGUAAGAAGAGAACCGGAAAGAGGCAGCAAUUCAUCUCAACCCCUAUCAAGCUUGGGGAACUGUAAAUCGUUCUAUUGUAUCGAUGUCCUUGCACAAAGUUUCUCUCUUUGAUUUUCCUCUUCUUUCCACGAUCGCUAUUUAUUUAGCUCAGGAAUUGGCUUC